UGAAUGUUUCCAUAAAAUUUUUGUGCGGAUAAACAGAAAUUUAUACUUGUUUUUAUUUCAUGCAAAAUAUGGUAUACUUACACUUCCCUUCGAAUUUAACAGAAGAAGAAUUGAUGUUGCAAGCGAAAUAUAAUAAGCUUAAAAGAAAGAAAAAGGCAUUGCAAGAUUUGAAAGCACCAAAGCAAGAAGCUGAACGAAUACCACAAGCUCCAAAGCGGCCAACAGAAGCUAGGGAUGCCAGGGAAGUUGCCAAGAAAUUGAUAAAAUCUGGAGUAAUUACUGCUCCAAAAACUCCCAAACGGCCGGAACAAUCUUUUAAAAGACCACGUGGUUUAGUAAGAAAAUUAAACAGUACAGAAAAGACGGUGAGCUCAUAUCAACCAUUCUCAGCCACACAAAUGGAGGAAGAAGAAACAGAAACAGUAAGGCCAAGAGUUAAAGAUUUGUACGAUAGUUUUGUGAGUGCUCAAGACCCAGAAGAUCGUACUAGCAGAGAUAUUCAACCACCAUCUAAGCAAGAAAUGAAGCCACGAGCUGGAAAUACAAUAUUUGUAUGUGGUUACAAGAUAUCGGAAGAUUUUUUAAAAAAGCAUUUUCAAACAUUUGGAAAUAUUAUAAAUAUCUCGAUGGAAACAGAAAAAAACCGUGGAUUUGUUACGUUUGAUAAAACGGAAGCUGCUGAAAGAGCAAUUAGCGAAAUGGAUGGCAGUAUGGUGUCUUCUAUUCAGUUGAAAGUAUCACUGGCACGAAGACAACCCAUAAUAGAAGCUAUGACUGACGCUACAUCUAGUUCCAUGUGGUCGCCGAUUGCGGCGAAUUAUUCACAGAAAAGUGCACACAAAGAUAGGAGAGAUUUAAUAGUGUACGAGGAAGAUCUUUUUGUGUGAACGCAAUAUUUUUUAAUUUUUCUAUGUUUCCUUAGAGUCUAUUAUUGUUACAGUAUAUGGAAUCUUACUUUAAAAUAAAAUUGUACAUAGCCUGUAAUGUUCAUAAGGUAUCAAAAAAUAUUUUCUUCAAAUCAUGCUUCAAAUCUUAACUGUUAUGAUGCGGCGCUGAUAUUGUAUAUUCGUAUCUAGUCAAAUGGUUAGACAAGGCAUGAAAAACUUUAUCUUAUUUUCUUUCACGUAUUAUACUUUGUCGAUCGAUGAGUUUUAGAUGAUAUUUCGUAUUUGAUCUUUUUCUACAAGUCUCUGUGUCGAUAAAAAAAUAGUCAUUGCAAAAUUUAUUUUUGGUAAUAAGGUAUCUGUAAUUGAAUUAUACAUAUACACAUACAUGAUAUAUAUGUAUGUAUAUACAUUGUAUUUAUACAUAUUCAUUGCUUAAGAAAUUAAAUACAAGUAUUUUCAUAGCAAAUUAUGGUAGGUGUUAUUUCUUUCACAUGUAUCAUUUAACAUAAUGAAUAUUCGCCUGGGAAAAGUUGAUCAGUCAAUUGAUUGGCUGUAACUCAUACAUAUUUGUCCAACACAUAACAAGCGUUCAACAAUUAACUAUAGAGUACAAACCUAACUACUUAAUUGUAUGACCAAAUCUUCAUUGUCUUUAAAUACGUGUACUUAUUACU